ACUUCUACCCCUCCGCUAUCUUCACACGCUUAAACUCAAAUCAGAAAAAAUUAGGGUUUUAGUUCUUCGUUUAGGUCUGAACAUAUGUCCGGGUUCAACCGCUCUUCCUGCGCUCCCUCCAAGAAUGGUCUCCCUCCUCAAGAAUUAAUUGAUGAUCUUUGCAGUCGUUUUGUUCUGAAUGUUCCAAAAGAAGAUCAACAGUCAUUUGAGAGGAUUCUGUUUCUUGUGGAGUACGCACAUUGGUUUUACGAGGACAAUUCUGUUGAGAAUAACCCAUCAUUGAAAUCUUUCACGCUUAAGGAAUUCACUUCUCUUUUAUUUAACAGCUGUGACGUUCUAAAACCAUAUGUUGCACAUAUAGAUGAUAUUUUCAAGGACUUCACCUCAUACAAAGUUCGAGUUCCCGUUACAGGAGCCAUAAUCCUGGAUGAGACUUUUGAACGGUGCUUACUAGUGAAGGGUUGGAAGGGAUCGAGCUGGAGUUUCCCUCGCGGAAAAAAGAACAAGGAUGAGGAAGAUCAUGCAUGUGCUAUUAGAGAGGUCUUGGAGGAAACAGGAUUUGAUGUAUCAAAACUCCUUAACAAGGAAGAGUUCAUUGAAAUGUUAUUCGGGCAGCAAAGGGUGCGACUUUACAUAAUUGCUGGAGUGAAAGAUGAUACAGCAUUUGCUCCCCUCACCAAAAAGGAGAUUAGUGAAAUUGCAUGGCAGCGACUAGAUGAAUUCCAACCAGGAAAUAGUGAUGUCAUAUCUCGCAGUUACAAUGGCUUCAAACUUUACAUGGUUGCUCCAUUUCUAACGUCUUUAAGAGCAUGGAUUUCUGCACACAAGCCUCCGGUAAAAUCUAGACCUGAUAGACCUUUGAAAGGUUCUCUCUUCUCCCUGCAACUUUUCCGUGUGAUUCAAGCAUGACUAGAAAUGUUCAUUUAAGCCCUUUUUAGUAGGUAGAAUGUGUUACUCCCUGGGUCUCAAUUUAUCUUGCAUUUCCCCCUUUUUGGUCUGUCCCUAUUCAAUGUGCAUGUUUACAUUUAAGGUAAACAAUAUGUGGUUCAUAUUGUUUCUCUCUUCUUUGCACAAAUUCAAGCAGUUCUUACAAUUAAAGUUGUCCGGUCAAACUGGGCACAUAACUUUGGGACGCAGGGAGUAAUUACUAUUACUAAAGUACCCUUGAGCAAGAAGGUAUCCCCCCCAAAAAAACCUGGGAUAUGUGAAGUGCCUAGAAAGUGAUAUUGAUUUCUUAUAGGAAACAUUGUGUGGAAGGCAAAGAAUAGCUCUACAGGAAGCUCAGGGGUAGCAGAGAGUCAAGCAGUAAAACCAACAAAAACCGAUGUAAAAGUCUUAGACGCGGGCCCCGGCAGAAGCUUUAGAAACUUUCGGCUCAAUGCUGCCCCUAUUAUAAAGGCAGUUGACGCCGCCUUCUGUCCAUUAUAAACAAGAUUCCUAGAGGUCAUGCAUUUGAAGAAGCCGGGUGAGUGAAAAGUCUGCACAUUGUAAAACAUGACUUGCUCAUGUAGCUUGGUUUCCUUUAGCUAGAUGUAUAUCUUCUAAUCUGACACCACUUUGCGUUGGUUCGUAAAUUUUGUGCGACUACAAUGGCUGUAUUCGGAUUCCUGUCUUCGGGUCGAUAUGUAAGCACAUUUCGUGUAGUGGCCUUGCAAUGAACAGAUAACAUGCAUUUGGGCAUACCAUACUAACUACUAAGGGUGCAAGCCAACCUGUAAGGGU